AUUCGGUCCCUCACUUCGUGUUGUGUCUGUUUAUCUCUCUCUUUCUCUCUGUUUGGUUUUGUGGUUUUGAGUGAUAGUCAAAUCCAUGGCGACUCAAGGUCAUGUGAUCACCUGCAAAGCUGCGGUGGCCUGGGAACCCAACAAGCCUCUCGUGAUCGAAGACGUUCAGGUCGCUCCGCCCCAGGCCGGAGAGGUCCGCGUCAAGAUUCUCUACACCGCUCUCUGCCACACCGACGCUUAUACCUGGGGCGGCAAGGACCCUGAAGGUCUCUUCCCUUGCAUUCUUGGUCAUGAGGCUGCAGGGAUUGUUGAAAGUGUUGGUGAAGGUGUUACUACAGUUCAGCCAGGAGACCAUGUCAUCCCUUGUUACCAGGCUGAAUGUGGGGAAUGCAAGUUUUGCAAAUCUGGGAAGACAAAUCUAUGUGGAAAAGUACGUGCUGCCACUGGAGUUGGAGUUAUGAUGAGUGAUCGUCAGAGCCGUUUCUCUAUAAAUGGAAACCCUAUUUACCAUUUUAUGGGAACCUCAACAUUUAGCCAGUACACCGUUGUUCAUGAUGUUAGUGUUGCAAAGAUAGAUCCAAAAGCUCCUUUAGAGAAAGUCUGCCUUCUUGGAUGUGGUGUUCCUACUGGUCUCGGAGCUGUUUGGAACACAGCAAAAGUAGAAGCGGGGUCAAUUGUUGCUAUCUUUGGCCUUGGAACUGUUGGUCUUGCAGUCGCUGAGGGUGCCAAAACAGCUGGUGCAUCACGAAUCAUUGGUGUUGACAUUGAUAGCAAGAAGUUUGAUGUAGCAAAGAAUUUUGGAGUUACUGAAUUUGUGAAUCCAAAGGACCAUGAGAAGCCAAUCCAACAGGUCCUAGUUGAUCUCACUGAUGGUGGUGUUGAUUAUAGCUUUGAGUGCAUUGGGAAUGUCUCAGUGAUGAGGGCUGCCUUGGAGUGCUGCCAUAAGGGUUGGGGAACAUCGGUUAUUGUGGGUGUUGCAGCAUCAGGGCAGGAGAUAUCAACUCGUCCCUUUCAGCUGGUGACUGGUCGUGUGUGGAAGGGAACAGCCUUUGGCGGUUUCAAGAGCCGCUCACAGGUGCCUUGGCUUGUAGAGAAGUACUUGAAGAAGGAAAUCAAAGUUGAUGAAUACAUCACCCACACUUUGACUCUUGGGGAGAUUAACAAGGCAUUUGAUUUGAUGCAUGAAGGGGGAUGCCUUCGGUGUGUGCUUUCUACUGAAGCAUAAGAUUGCGUAAUUCAAGUUUCUCAUGGGAUGGAACUUAUGUUGCAUUUUUCUAUUCUGUUUUGUAUGUAUCAUUCUUACUGAUAACUCUUCCAAAAUAACCGGAUGUUGCUGCUUUUAUAAGUAAAAUCCCUGCUGGUUCACUGGA